UGAUGACGAUCCGUAUUCUGAUUGGCGUACCGCCUCGAAGGUGGAAGAAGCUAAUGUUCGGGACGGAGGCGGCCGGUUUGUGUGUGUUCGGACAGAUAUUUUAAUGAAGAUGAAACUAAGCAUGUCAAAAAUAGUUGGUGGCUGCCGUCUUGGUAUACUGACAAAUUUUGGGAAAAAGGAGACGCAAUCAAUGGAGAUUCCAGGUUGCCUGCUUUAUACAAAAAUGGGAUCAGCACCACAUCUUACCCAUGACACUCUACAGAUGGUCCAAGAUGUUCCUGUAGUUGCACAACUUUCACUUUCAGCAUUAGCAGAUCUUCAUGAGGUCUUGGCAGAAUAUAAAGAAGGCAUCAGAAAGUUCAUAGGUAUGCCAGAGUCAGUAGUGUACUGUUCCCUUCAUGAUCCUGUUAGCUGUUCCCCAACUGGCUACAACAACAACAAGGCAGUAUCUAUAUGGGGAUGUGGAGGGCGGAUGGAAUUGAGAGCAUCCAAGUUUAUGGCUAUCCAGCAGGUUAUCCAGCCGGACUGGUUCCAGUGCCUUUCAGAUGGAGACAUACUUGCUGGUGAAGUCUCCAAGAAGAGAGUCAGGAAGUCUGUUGAUCGAUCCCUGUCUUUUUUGGAUGAAUGUCUACAACUGCAAGAUAAAUCACCGGAAUUGCAACAAAGCUUGAUGAUUGGUGUUAUUGAAGGUGGGAAUGUGCUGGAGGAGAGGCUGAGAUCCGCUAGAGAGACUGCUAAGAGACCUGUGGGUGGCUUUUUGUUGGAUGGCUUUCAGGGAAGUGCCAUGACCAAGGAAACCAAGCUGGAACUCUUGGCCUUGGUUACAGCAGAACUGCCAGAAGAUAAACCAAGACUUAUCCAUGGUAUUGGCAGGCCAGAUGAGGUGAUGGAGUGCAUUGAGAGAGGGGUGGAUAUUUUUGAGAGUUUCUUCCCUUACCUGGUGACAGAGCGCGGCUGUGCUUUAACCUUCAACUAUGAUUAUCAUCCAAAUCCUGAAAGAGCAGCCAUCAAAGAAAGUGAACAAACAGAUGUGGGAAGAAAAGAAGAUGAAACAUUCAAUGGACCCCAAGGAAUUACUUCAUUUGAAAUAUGUUUGGAAAAAAAACGGUACCAGGAUGAUUUUGGUCCUUUGGUGGACGGAUGCUUUUGCUACUGCUGUCAAAACCAUAGUCGUGCCUAUGUCCAUCAUCUUCUCAUAACUAAAGAGAUGCUGGCUAAAGUCCUGCUUAUGAUACAUAAUUUUCAGCACUACUUUGGCUUUUUCUGCUCAGUCCGAAAUGCUCUGAAGGAGGACAUGGUGGAUCAGUUGAAAAAAAUUAUCAUCAGCCAGUCACUCUGAGGUCCAAAAUGGAUAAAUGAAGCACAGGGAAAAAACAAACCAGGAAGUAGAAAGCACCACAUUUUUCUACCAUCAAUAUUCUGUCAUCUUGAAGCACAAUCCUUUUGGUUCCUACAAAUUGAAUCAAAUAUAUGUUGGGAUAUUCUUCUCCUAAGUAAAACUGUUAAGGGAACCUAAAGAAAAAUAUAACAUUUCAGAAUGUUUUUAGAGAUAUGCAGUACUAUAUUUUAAAGAUACUCAACACCAGGAAUGGGGACUAGUGACUCACUGUCAAGUUGGAUUUAAGUUGCACCUGUGAUUGUCUUGGACUUGACUUGGGGGUUCCUGGGAUGACUUGCUAUUUGACUUGUGACUCAAGUCCAGUAGUCCAAGUUGGGUUGCCAAGUCCCUAUGGCUCCCUGCUUCCACCACUCUACCUGCUGCCGCCACCAUCUUCAAAUGAAGCACAUCAGAGGGCCUUUCAUGGUGACACUCUAGCCUGCCGUAGUCAGAGAGCAAAUCCUUUGACCCAUGUCUUUCUGAACAUUGCCCUGGUGAUCUUCUAGCCUGCCGUAGAGCAUCACCAGGGAAGAAGAGGGUUGGGGGACCUGCCUUUGGAGUACAGCGGUCCAGAGCCUCACUAUGAAAAGGUCUUGUACCUUCCUCCUGCUUCAGAGGGCCUGCCUGCACUGGCCUAUCAGCUGAUCAGCACAUGCGAAGGGGAGGCAGUGGCGUGGCUCCUGAAUGGAGGCAGCAACAGCAGGUAGGCUGAUGGCAGUGAAGUUGGGCAGCAGGAGGCCCAAAACAUUGGUACAAAAUCUUAAGUCCCUAGCCUCAGGGGGGGGUUGGAGCAUGUGACUUUGGACUUGGUACCAAGGACUCAAACUUGGACUUGAGACUUGAGUUCCAAGACUUACCAACAUCCCUGCUCAGCACUAUGCUAGAAAUCCUUACUAAGUGUAUUGGUAAUCUUCAGAAACCCUGAAUACUAAAGUUCAGAUGAGAAGCAAAGAAAAUAAACUGCCAGGUGAAUCAUUUUUUAAAAGUGAGCUUCCAUUUUGGGAACCAUCUGCAUCAUUGUUAUAAACGAUGUGAGUCGUUUAGGAUUUUAUUUUGAAAGUCACCAGAUAAAACCGAAACAUGUGAAAAGAAGGAACCUUCUUCUGUAACAAAUUCUGCCUUAUUUGGAUGUCCUGCUCUUAGGUACAUGGCUGCUGCUUUCCCUGUGGGUCCAAUGUCCCAUAGUACUCCAUACUCUUGCCAGCCGGAGAGUUUCAAUUCUGCAUUGUUACAAAAUAUCAGCCAAAAUAUCAGUCAGUCCAUGGUUGGCAUAAAGUCCCCUCCAAUGACAGCUGUUUAUCUUCAGUGUGCUUGAUUGGGGUUUUUUAAAAGUGUAUUUUGAAACAGUUCUCUUCCUUAGUGUCACAUUUGUUUUCACUGUACGUAUGUUGAUAAAAAGGAUCACUCCAUGCAUAAAUAUAUUUGCCCCAAACUCCUGGAAAAAUAUCAGAAAAAGCUUUUGUUUGCUUGUGACUUUUUUUGUCUUAUUCAAUAUAAGUUAUAUUUUUAACUGGAUAUUUUUCUGUACAAUAUGCAAUUGUUAAAGUGUUUCUUUUAAUUGUUUCAUGGGAAAGUUCAGGGCAGCACUUGCACGUGCUUUUGUGUUUCUUCUGGGAAACGGCAUUGCAUGUAAGUACUGUAAUUAGAGAUGGGCACAACGUACGUUGUCCCCACCCCACCCGCCUUCCAGCUGCCCCAUUCACAAGGCCUCUGCACACCAUGCGUGUCAUCCUCCUUUGCCAGCUGACCAAUCCGGGAAAGAGUUGGGGCUUCCCUUCCCCACCUCCUCCAGAAGCCAGCUACUCAACGGCUGUGCAGGGAGAACCCCCUCCUGCUUCCUCGUCUCCUCAGUGGUCAGCCAGUAGGGAAGGGAAGCCCAGACACCUUCACAGAUUGGGCAGCCGGCAAAGGAGGGCAUGCAGAGGCUUGUGAAUGGGGCAGCACUGGUAACUGUGGAACAUAAAAUUUCUCCCUCCUAGAUUGCACUGUCAGCUCUUAAGGUUGUGAUCAUUUCCUGAAUCAUUUGCCAUUGAGCCACUAUGGAUCACCACCCUAGGACUUUCUACAGUUUCUAAAGCAAACACAUCACCGGUGCUACCACGUCAACAUGAUGUCAUUCCUUCCCCCUUUCUGAUGAAACUUUUGUAGCUGCCUGGAAAUUGGCGUGGCUCAAGAGUUUUUUUGGGUGUACUUGAGUCACAGUGGGAAAGGAAGAUCCCGCUUCAUCUGGAUUUACUGUUUUAUCAGCAGAUGUUCAAUGUUGAAUCCUAUCCAAGCUUUACAAGAAAUUAUAUUGAUUUACUGAACUGGGAGGUGGAAAGGGUAAUCAUCUUGUAUCUGCCCCUAAUUGAAUCUUAUUAAAUACUGUA